AUGGCUUCCUCCGCCUUUCAUGUGGGAAAUAAUGCAUCUUCGUCUGAAUUUCAGCAGCAACGUAGUCAGAUAGAAUCUGAACUGCACGAUCUCCAGCAGCCACAAUACCAGCAUAAUAGUGAUGGAGGUAAUGUAAGGGCUCCAUUACCAACGGUCAAUGAGUCUUAUUUGACGAAGCAUGAAGAACAGAUGGCCAAAUUAAAGAAAGCAUUGAAUAAUUAUAUUUACGACUUCUUAAGAAAGUCUGAAUUAGAUAACACUGCAUCUGCAUUUGCUGAAGAAUGUGAUAUCUCAGAAAAUGAGUAUCUGUCAAAUCUUGGAAACAAUAAUGAUGGUGAUCUAUUGGCAGAAUCUAUUGUGAAUACGCCGCAAGGUUUUCUUUAUGAAUGGUGGCAGAUCUUUUGGGAUCUAUUCAAUGCAACAACACGUAGAUGUGGUACAGAGAGCGUAUGUCAGUAUCAUGAUAUUAUUAUCCAACAACAAAAGAAGGAUAUGCAUUUUAGAAAUAUGGCUUCCCAUGCAGCAAAAUUGCAACACAUCGCAGAACAGAAGGGAACUUUUAGAGGUGAGAAUCUUGAUCCAAUGGUGUUUGCAAUACUGGCAUCAGGUGGAUUGUCCGACUCUUCCCCAGCUGUAAUGACAGAUUUUCAGGUCGCGACUAUGAGCAAUGAGGCCGCAUUGCCAAACGGCUCUAGCAACGGGACUUCGGUCGAUAUGUUUCUUAAUCCUAGUUCUAAUAGUAUAUUGCCCUUUAAUGUUCCAUUUAUUCCACCACAUCAUCCCGUGUACAAUGCAAAUAUGCCGACGGCUGGGCCAAGUGGUAUCCUUAAUGCUCCUACUUCGUUUGCCGGUGGAAAGCCAGUUUACUCAACUUACCCAAUGCAAAAUUUAUCGCGGCCAGAUAACUCAAUGUAUGAUAACUCAGACGGUAAUGUAGAUGCCAAUAAUGGUGGCAUGGACAGUGCAACUUCUUCAAACAUGUUUAAUUCGAAUACGAUACAGAAAACGAUACCAAAGGCUCGCUCCGGUACUAACCUAAAAACUACUCAUCUAAAACGAGCAACAAAGUCAUCAAAGCAUCAUGAUGGUCAAUCUCCAGUCCAUGCUGUUAAUACAAUUAUUGAGGGAGAGGUGAGGAAUAAUGCUGAGCAAUAUUCAAAUCACAAUAAUAUGUCUCCCCAUUCUCGAACUAUUUUUGACAAUGAUUUGACAGCAAGAAAUGGUUCAAAGAGUAAAGGGUCUGCAUCUUCAUUAUCUUUAGACAAGGAAAUGAUGGAAGAGGUAAAACACUCUUCGCCUGCCGCCGAUGCUGCUAUAAUCACCAAUAGGCCUAGUUCAUACUCAUUUAACAAUGUGAAUAUUCCGAGUUUCAGUAAUAAACCAAUAGCAUCUAGUCCUUUAUAUAUUGUGAACGAUUUUCAUGAUGUUACUACAACGAAUAGUUCUCCUCGAUCUACUGAUAAUCUACCAAGAAAGGCAUUAAAUAAAGGUGCGAAAAAGAAGAAAAGACAAAGUAUAACAACUACAUCCUUUUCUGUAGCGCCAACGUCCACGUCCACAACGGAUAGUUUGAAAUCAAGUCAACCUAGGAACAAAUCCUACGGAAAUUUUUCAAGUAUAAAAUUUGCAAGUAACAGGACCAAGAACAAUCUCCGUACGAAAUCGAAAUCAAAUACGAAGCACAGUUCUCAAGUGAGAAAUGCUCCUCAAAAUUCUAAUACAGAUAAUAAAGGCAGCAUCACUUCUCGUAGUAUGUUUAGCCUGCACGAUACUCAAGGCUCGCCUUUACACGACACGCGGCCUUUAUCUCACGAUACAUACAAUCCUGUCGACUACCAUUUCAAUAACAAUGCUGCUGAGGACCUACUAGUAAUGAACUCGGUUUUACCUGAACGAAAUUUCCUCAAUUCUAUCGAUCCUCAUCAAAAUACAGACAAUAACGACGGGAAGGUAAACCCCUCAAACGAAGGAUUAAGCAUUAUAGAUAGAAAAGAUACUACCGACGCCACAGUGACUAAUAGUGAGCAUGAGAAGCCUACGACCUCGGAAGACAAAACUGGCACAAGGGACACGGCCGACAACAACAACAACCAAAUGAGCAUAGAUAACGUAGACAUUCAUGAUUAUGAUCUAGACAUACUAGGCUCGGCAGCAGGAGAUUUUAAUCUUGAAAACUGGCGUUAA